UCAGGCGGGGGCAGGAUGAGCAUUGACAGGUAGAGAUGUAGGAGAAACAUUUCCUAUCAUCCUCUUACAUGAACAGUUGCUGGACUGCUGUGGAUUUGACUUCUGGAAAAGUGAACGUAGACCUCUGCACCUUUAAGCGGAUUUCUUUCUACAAGGCCGGGGAUCGUUGGUGUUGAAAGGAAGCCGCGACAAUGUCUAUGCAUUUGUAUGAAAUGAGCAGUAAGCUGUUCGGGGACACUGUUGGGAAGGUGAACGACAACCUGACUUCCAUAGUGCUGGCAGCCUCUGUGAUCACUCUCACUAUUGGUUAUAUUUCUAAGUUACUGCUUACACAGUCAGCUGACAAGGAUAAGAAUUACCCUCCUUUUAUUCCCUCAAGCAUCCCAUUCCUGGGUCAUGCAAUUGCUUUUGGAAAAAGUCCUAUUGAGUUUCUCGAAAAUGCAUAUGAAAAGUAAUAUGGCCCUGUGUUCAGCUUCACCAUGGUGGGGAGCACGUUCACCUACCUGCUGGGUAGCGACGCAGCCACACUCAUGUUCAACAGCAAGAAUGAGGACCUGAAUGCUGAGGAUGUCUACUCCAGACUGACCACCCCAGUGUUUGGCAAAGGAGUUGCUUACGAUGUCCCUAACCCUAUUUUUCUGGAACAAAAGAAAAUGUUGAAGACAGGACUGAACAUUGCUCACUUUAAGGAACAUGUAAAAAUCAUCGAGGCAGAGACCCUUGAGUAUUUUCAGAGAUGGGGAGACAGCGGAGAGAGAAACCUGUUCGAGGCUCUGUCUGAGUUGAUCAUCCUGACAGCAAGCAGCUGUCUUCACGGUAAAGAGAUCCGCAGCAUGCUGAACGAGCAUGUGGCUCAGCUCUAUGCUGACCUGGACGGAGGAUUCAGUCACGCUGCCUGGCUGCUGCCUGGCUGGCUGCCACUGCCCAGCUUCAGGAAAAGGGACAGAGCACACAGAGAAAUCAAACAGAUCUUCUUCGAGGUGACUCAGAAGCGCAGACAAUCUGGAGAAAAAGUGGACGACAUCCUGCAGACACUCAUUGAUGCCACCUACAAAAAUGGACGUCACCUCAAUAACGAUGAGAUUGCUGGCAUGCUGAUUGGUCUCCUCCUGGCCGGUCAGCACACAUCCUCAACCACCAGCUCCUGGAUGGGUUUCUUCAUGGCCAGGGACAAAGCCCUGCAGGAGCGCUGCUACGCUGAGCAGAAAGCUGCGUGUGGAGAAGACCUGCCUCCACUCGACCUCGAUCAGCUGAAAGAUCUGAACUUGUUGGAGCGCUGUUUGAAGGAAACUCUGCGACUCCGUCCACCCAUCAUGACCAUGAUGAGGAUGGCUCGCUCUCCUCAGACUGCGGCAGGAUACACCAUCCCUGUGGGUCACCAGGUCUGUGUCUCCCCAACCGUCAACCACCGACUGCAGGACACUUGGGCGGAGAGGAUGGAGUUCAACCCUGACCGGUACCUCAAUGACAACCCAGCUGCCGGAGAGAAGUUUGCCUAUGUGCCGUUUGGAGCUGGUCGUCAUCGCUGCAUUGGGGAGAACUUUGCCUAUGUCCAGAUCAAAACCAUCUGGUCCACUUUACUGCGCAUGUACGACUUUGACCUGGUGGACGGAUAUUUCCCCACUAUCAACUACACCACAAUGAUUCAUACGCCUCACAACCCCGUCAUCAGAUACAAGAGGAGGACACAGUGAUGGAGAACCCUGGAGGAGCAAAGACACGAGGAAACCAACAUCAACCAAGUGAAUGAAGAGAAACUCUUGUCUGACUUCCUGGGACUUGAAUUUAGGAAGCAUUUCCAUAAAUGCACUUUGCUCUGCUCAAAUGUCCACAUUUUUGCUUUAUUUUCCUGAUUGUCAACACCAGAAGAUUAAUUUUAAAACCGUCUAUAUGAGUGUGACUUGAACACGGAUGUUAAUGUUCACAAUGUGAAUGCUUCAAAAUAGAAAUGUGCCUUGAAGGUGGGAAACAAAAGUUUUAUUCAGACAGAGCAAGCAGGGGCUUUUCAGGACUCACUGUUUAAAAAUAACUGAUAGUAAAUAAUGUUACUCUUAUAUGAAUAUCAAAAUUUCCCUUUGGGGAUUAAUAAAGUACAUUCUCUAUGACAACUA